AUGAUAUUUUUCAAGGCUAUCUUAACCUGUGCGAUCUUAGCUCUUUCUGUACUCGGCAGGUUGUCAAGUUCCACCGAUGCAGAAGAGAUGGUGAUGACUCCUGGAGGACUAGUUCCAAAAUCUAGUGUUCACAGAGUUCCUGAGGGUGCUCGUGUUCACCAUACCGCAGCUGAAGUUCACCUCAUCGCCGCAGAUGGCACUAUCAUCCACUCCGCCCCGGUUUCUAAAACAAUUUCCACUAAAUCCAAAAUAUCAGGCACACCCACCUCAUUUGCCCCUCGAGAACUGAGCUCAGGGUACGUUGCCUACUCCUAUUGGAAGAACAACGCCACCAGCGACAUCGGCUCCUUCUCUACCACCUGGUCGGUACCACCUACCCCAGCGAAAAAGGAUGGACAAAUUCUUUACAUUUUCAAUGCCCUUAUUCCCAGCUCCUUCGACGGUAUUUUCCAACCUGUCCUGCAAUUCGGCUCUACGCCAGCUGGAGGAGGAAAUUACUGGGCGGUAGCGUCAUGGUAUCUGAUUGGAUCAAACACCUACUAUACUGUCCCGGCCCAGGUCAAAGCAGGGCAGAGUCUUACGGGUGUUAUGUCGCUUAAAAGCACUACGGUUUCCGGAAACACAACAACCUUCCACUGGAAUUCCGUCUUCACUAGCGUUCCGAGCACCUCUCUCUCCAUUUCCACAACCGAAGUUUUUAACUAUGCAUAUGAAGCGUUGGAGAUCUACACUGCAUCCGGUGCCUCCGAUCUUCCUACCGGAAAAACUAUGAUGACGAACAUCAACAUCGCCACUCAGGAUGGUCUACAUCCACCCCUCAACUGGACAUCGAUUAGUGAUUCCACUGAAGGCUUCCAGAUGGCCGUUCUGUCCAGUGCCUCCACCAACGGAACCAUGCAGAUUACCUAUCCGUGA